AUGGAAAAAAAUGUGAAAUUUGUAGACUUAUUUACAAGUUAUGAUAAUAUGGAAAAUAAAAGAGUAUUGGAAGAGCAAUUAAGGAAAGCAGCCUGUGUUGGUGAUACAGUCCUUGUUCAAGAAUUACUUAAUUUAGGUGUUGAUGUUAACGCACGACACUCUGUUAAUGGAUGGACUCCUUUACAUUGGGCAUGUAAAAAAGGAUCCUUAGAUGUAGUUGCUUUGCUCUUAAAAAAUGGUGCAGAUAAAAAUAUAAGAACUGAAAUUGGAGAAACUUCAGCAAUUCUGUGCAAUAAUCCACAGAUUUUACAACUUUUAGAUAUGCCAACUGAUUCUCAAAGAAUUUUAAAUGAAUCAGCAGUUAUACCUAAAUAUAUAAAAAAUGAUUAUGUACAUGGAACUGUAGAUUCAGGAAUUACCAAAAUAAGAAAUAAUGGUUUAUAUCAAGAUGAAUUGGUAUUAAAAAUUCGUGUUGCUGAUGCUCCAGACCCAGAUUUUAUAGAAAUUGAGUUAUCACAAAGUGAUUUAUCAUAUCAAACACUAAUUCGGAUAUGUUGUCAGGAAUUAGAUAUUGAUCCCAAUCAAAUUGUAAAAUUAAGAAAACUGCCCAAUACCAGAUUGAGAAAAGAUGAAGAUAUUCAACGUCUUCAGAACUUUCAAGAAAUAGAAGUUGUUACAAAUGCUGUAAACACAUAUAAGUAUAUGCAAAAUACAAAUGGUAUUUCAAAUAGUAUUCCAACAAUGCCAGUAAAUGGGUAUCAAAGUAUUUCUAAAAAAGAUCAGACUAUUUUAUAUUAA